AUGGCAGAAAUCGCAGCGGGCGCUCUCGUUGCCGAGCAAAUUGUCUCGACCGGUGUUGAGGCCGGAGCCGCUGUCGCCGUGGCACGACCCACUCAACCACUGAAGGCGUCUCUAUCUCAGGUCGCCACCACCCAGUCACCCGCGUUUGACGUCUCCGCUCUCGCACGAUCACACCACUCAGUUACUGUCGUCAAUCACAAAGCGUGCAUCUUUGGCGGCGAGACGGCCGAAGGCCAGCUGAGCUCUACCGACUUCCACGUCCUCUCUUUGCCCGCCAUGACAAAAGGUGAGCCCGUUGCGGCAUAUGCCUGCUAUCCCGCGUUCGCGAUGCAGGAUGCCGAGACCGGCAAGACUUAUGUGCCGUCUCCGCGCUCAAGACACGCUGCUGCUGCCCGCGGCCAAUUCGUCAUCAUCCAAGGCGGCGCUGAUGCCAGCGGCAAGCCCAUCGAAGAGACGUGUCUCUGGCUGUGGGACUCGGAGAGCUUGAAGUGGACUAAAAUGGAGGGAGCGAGUCAGAUCGGAAAGACCCUCACACCGAGAUUCGACCACCACAUUUUUGUCGACGAGGCCCAGGAUUUCCUUGUUCUGCACGGCGGCCGCACGUCCAAGGGACAAGAGGCAUCUACUGAGACUUGGAUGUACAACUUCGAUUCCCUGGCAUGGACGGAACUGCCGCCCUCGCCCCAGGCCCCCCUUGCCGCCGCCCUCGUCGACAACGUUCUCUACACGAUUGGAGCCGACUCUAGCAUGAGCGGCGCUAUCCACUACCUCGACCUCAAGUCUAACGCCGAGGACCGCGAGAAGCCCAAUGCCCUAGAGUGGAAGACAGUCAACUUCCCCACAAACCCCCUGACUCCUGGCCCGCGCCCCCGUGAAGGCGGUGCCCUUGUCCCCGUCAACACCGGCGUCGGCAGACACUACCUCCUCUAUGCGUUCGGUGAAAACAGCAACUCCGCCGAGAAGGACUUUUACAGCGACAUAUGGGCCCUGCAGCUACCCACCCACGGCUUCAGUGCGGCCGCCGUGAAGGAUGCCAUCCGCGAAAAGCUGCCCCGUGUUGACUCUGGCGAGUUCAGCUGGGCCGAGGUAGAGCUUGUCGCGACUGAGGAGGUGAAGACAGAGGGCAAGGCCCAUCCUGGUCCGCGAGGCUUCUUUGGUGCAGAUGCCGCUGAUGCAAAGAGCCUGAUCUUCUGGGGCGGUGUCAGCGCACUUGGCAAGGAGGGCGACGGUUGGCUUCUGCAGGUCCAGUAG